UUUUCUUCUCUCCUCUCUCUGCCAUUAAACCCGCCGUCUACAAUGGCCCUACAUCUCCUCUUCGUCCCUUCCUCCCGCCGCCGCUCUCCACACACGACGCCAAGCCUCGCCGACGGCCGCCACCGUAGCCCUUCCAUCACCUAUAAGCUCCUUCGCACCCAUCGCACUCCCUCUCUGUUUCUCUCUUUCUUUCUUUCUUUCUUUCUCGGUAGCCAAUCCAGGGACGCCGUAACUCCGUCGCCUCCCCGCCGUGCUAGUUCGACGGUGGCAGCGGUGAACACCCUCCCUCUCGCUUCCUCUCUCUAUCCCAAAGGGCUCAAACCCAUUUCGGUUUUAAAAUCCCGAAACCGUGCCUCCCCAUCCGGCUACUGUCUCUGUCGCGUCUCCUCUACUCGUCGGUCAGCUUUGCUCUCUCUCUACCCGUCUCCCAAUUUUUCUCCCUUCAGUCUGUCUCCGUCACUCUCUGUCUUUCUUAUUCUCUCUCUGUCACCUCUUCUCUCUCUCUUCCUCCUGGGAUCUCCCCCACCCAGGCCACAGGCCACCGAACCCAAGCCCAGAAAAUCUUCCCAAAGCUUCCUACCUUCAACCAUACCACACACGGGGAUAGCAAAGCCGUAGACUGCUGGCGUGGAGCUCGGAACACCGGCUAUCUUCCAGAAACCUCCCUUGUGCUCGUUGAUACCAAAACAGCAAAAUGGCUCUUUUGCUACAGCCUUGGCCUCGACAUUCUUGUUUUUCUGCCUGAAGUCUAUCUUAGAAUCUUGUGUGUAAAAUACAAAGUGGAAUGCAAGCUGCACAACUCAGCAAUGUGGCAUGAAAGAGCUCUCCCAUCAAAACCCAAAACCAUAAGAACCAGCCUAUCCAAACUAGGAGACCUACUCGCAGUCGCAUCCCUCACCAAAACUCUGUCCGAGUCUGGCACUCGUAAUCUUGACCCUAGUUCCAUUCCCCUCUCCGAGCCUCUUAUCCUUCAGAUCCUUGGCUCCAACUCUCUUCACCCCUCCAAGAAAAUCGACUUCUUCAAUUGGUGCAGGUUUUCUCUCAGGCCCAAUUACAAGUACUCCACAACUGCCUACUCCCACAUCCUCCGCACCGCAUGCCGCACUAACCAGCUUCACGAGAUUCCCCACCUAUUGCGUUCCAUGAAGGAAGAUGGUGUCGUUGCAGAUCCUGGGACUUUUAAGCUCUUACUCAAUGCAUUUAUUCGCUCCGGUAAGAUUGAUUCAGCACUUGAGAUUUUGGAUCAUAUGGAGGAGGUGCAGUUGGGGACGACUACGAGCUUGGAUCCCAACAUGUAUAACUUGGUUCUUGUGGCUUUGGUUAAGAAAAGCCAGGUGGGUUUGGCCAUGUCCAUCUUCUUUAAGCUUCUGGAAGGUUCAGAUUUGUUGCCCAACUCUGUUGCCUGUAACGAACUACUUGUUGCUCUAAGGAAAGCAAACUUGAGGGUGGAAUUCAAACGAGUCUUUCACAAACUUAGGGAAAAGAAUGGAUUUGAGUUUGAUACUUGGGGUUACAAUAUAUGCAUUCAUGCAUUUGGCUGUUGGGGUGAUUUGGCUACCUCUUUAGAGCUAUUUAGAGAAAUGAAGGAAAAGAGUUUGUGUGGUUCAGGAUCAUUAGGUCCGGACUUGUGCACCUAUAAUAGCUUAAUUCACGUGCUAUGCUUGGUUGGGAAGGUGAAAGAUGCACUAAUUGUGUGGGAGGAAUUGAAAACAUCUGGUCAUGAGCUCGAUAAGUUUACCUACCAAAUAAUUAUUCAAGGGUGCUGUAAAGCCUAUCGGAUGGAGGAUGCAACCAACAUUUUUAGUGAGAUGCAGUAUAAUGGGUUUAGCCCAGAUACUAUUGUGUAUAGUUCACUCCUAGAUGGGAUGUUCAAGGCGAGGAAGGUCACGGAAGCCUGUCAAUUGUUUGAGAAAAUGGUUCAAGAUGGGGUACGGGCCUCAAGUUGCACAUAUAACAUUGUGAUUGAUGGUUUGUUUAGGAAUGGGAGGGCUGAGGCUGGUUACUCUCUGUUUUGUGACUUGAAGAAGAAGGGUCAGUUUGUGGAUGGUGUUACUUAUAGCAUUGUCGUGUUGCAACUUUGCAGGGAGGGCCUCCUUGAGGAUGCACUAAGGUUGGUGGAAGAAAUGGAAGACAGGGGCUUUGUUGUCGAUUUAGUCACUGUGACAUCGCUUUUGAUUGGACUUCAUAAGCAUGGGCGGUGGGAUUGGACAGAGAGGCUUAUGAAGCACAUUAGGGAUGGCAAUCUGGUUGCUAAUGUUCUUAAAUGGCAGGCCGAUAUGGAGGCUUCGAUGAAAAAUCCACAAAGAAAGAAGAAGGAUUAUACACCAAUGUUCCCUUCCAAAGGCGACUUAGGUGAGAUUUUGAGCUUAAUAGGUUCUGCGGACGAUACAGUGGACAAUGAGUUUGUUUCAGAUGACUCUGGAAUCAAAGAUAAGAGGACUUCAUACACUGACAGUGAUCAGUGGUCGUCAUCUCCAUACAUGGAUCAAUUGGCCAACCAAAUGAAGUCCACCGAGUAUUUUUCUCAGCUUUUUUCAUUAUCUAGAGGGCAACGAGUUCAAGCCAAAGGAACAUCCUCGUUUGAUAUGGAUAUGGUCAAUACUUUCUUGUCUAUAUUUCUUGCCAAGGGAAAGCUGAGCUUAGCAUGCAAAUUGUUUGAGAUUUUUACUGAUAUGGGUGUUGACCCUGUGAGUUACUCGUACAAUUCUAUUAUGAGUUCAUUUGUUAAGAAGGGUUAUUUUAAUGAGGCUUGGGGUGUCCUUAAUGAAAUGGGUGAGAAUGUUUGCCCAGCAGACAUAGCAACAUACAAUGUGAUUAUUCAAGGCUUAGGAAAGAUGGGAAGAGCAGAUCUAGCCAGUACUGUCCUUGAUAAGCUAAUUAAGCAGGGAGGAUAUCUUGAUGUGGUCAUGUACAACACACUGAUUAAUGCCCUUGGGAAGGCUGGUCGGAUUGAGGAAGUAAACAAGCUUUUUGAGCAGAUGAGGACUAGUGGAGUCAAUGCUGAUGUUGUCACUUUUAAUACUCUUAUUGAAGUUCAUAGCAAGGCAGGUCGAUUGAAUGAUGCAUAUAAAUUCUUAAAAAUGAUGCUGGAUGCAGGGUGCUUGCCUAACCAUGUUACAGACACAACUUUAGAUUUUCUGGGAAAAGAAAUUGAGAAAUUGAGAUACCAAAAGGCAUCAAUCAUGAACAACAAGAGUGAUCCUUGAUGAAAAAUUUUGCGGGUUAUGCAUAGUUUUGUUGGCCAUGGGGAUUCAAUAAAUGAAAUCAGGACCCAGUCACUGAAACCAUCACAGACAAGCAAAUCAGUUCGUCUACGGAAUAUUCAUACAAUGAAGUCUUGAGCGUAGACUUCCAUCUUUCGGACAUAUAUCUUAUUGCAAGAUGUGGAAUGGACAACACAGUAAAGAUCUGGUCAAUGAAAGAAAAUAAAGAUUAGCUACUAAUUCGGCCUUUGCAUGGUGGAAGUAGCUAGCUAGGCUGAUCUCACAACCCAAUCACUUAAAUUUAGGCUACGUUUGGGAAAACAACUGUUCUCAGAUAUUCUCAAAUCAUUUCACCACCAUUCACUACCAUUUUACUAUUAUUCUCGUAAUAUUUCACUAUUAUUUACAAACUAGUUCACUACUAUUCACAAAUAUUAAGAGAUACCCGCCCGAGUAAAACCGGUUACAACCUGGGCGGGUAUUUGGUUUUAGCUUCACUUUUUUUUUUCUUUUUAUAUAUAACUCGAUUCGGAAAAAGACUGUUUAAAAAAAAAACCCCAGUUAUCAAUAACCGGUUAAAUAACUGGAUCCUUAAUUGGAUCCGGCCCUGGAUAUCGGAAAAAAAUCCGGUCUGGAUGCACACCCGUACUCUGUCUGUCUCAUUUUUCAUUAAUGCUUCUCUAAUUUGAAAAUGCCUCUUGGUUUUUUAUCCUUGUUGAUUAAUGUGUGGUUAAAUUGUUCGUGUUUCUCUUCUGGUUUCUCUUCUUCAAUAAAAUGAAGGCAACACAGUUUUCAUAAAAGGUUUCUGUACAAUUACCAAUCACAUUUAUCAUUCAAAAUUGUUUGACAUGAAUAACAUAUUUAUUGGAAUAUUUAUAUUCGUAUCAUAUUGUUAUUAAAAUUAGUCAAUAAAUUUAUAUUCUCUUUCUGUCACCUCUUCUCUCUCUCUUCCUCCUGGGAUCUCCCCCACCCAGGCCAUAGGCCACCCCCAUCAUAAAAAAAAAAAGCCCCAACCGCUCAGCCUCACUUUCCCCCUCUGAGUUGAACCCAAGCCCAGAAAAUCUUCCCAAAGCUUCCAACCUUCAACCAUACCACACAUGGCGACAGCAAAGCCGUAGACUGCUGGCGUGGAGCUCGGAACAUCGGCUUUCUUCCAGAAACCUCCCUUGUGCGCGGUGGUGUCAGGUGUGUGCAGUUUCAGCUACGGGAAGAAGCAAACUCUCCUUUUUUUUUUUUUUUUUUUCUUUUUUUCUCCUUUUUUUUUUUUUAAUUUUUUUAUUUUUUUUUAUGGAAGAAGUCAGUGAUUUCCAGUAUCGGAUUUCUAUUCAUCCUCUGAGGAAAGUUGUUUAAUUUUGUCAAAUGUCAUAAAUUUCUAUCAACUUGGAGGCUGUUGACACAGAAAGUUUUGGAUGCUUUGGGCUUCUCUAGUUUUGAGUUACUUUAUGCUGGUACUGUAAAGUUGCAUGCUUGCUUAAUCUUUUUGAUUGGAUCCAAUAGACUCCAUCCAUAACAUGAGAAGUGGAGUAUACUUUGACAUGCA